UCGGUGGAGACUGCACUAAGUUCUGAGUAUGGCCAGGUCCAACCAACCUCUUCGCCAAUUGCUGGGACCGCUGCUCCCGCCGAAGGACGAGGGGGAGGAGGACUGCGAUGAUCCGGAGGAGGUGGAGGAGGAUGAAGACUCGGUGUUUGUGGACGCGGAGGAGCUCUGCAGUGGGGGCAUCAAGGCUGGCGGCCUCCCCGGGAGGCUCCGGGUUAACAUUCCAGAUGAAUUCACUGGAGAGCAAUGUAAAGUGCAAGGACGUUUUCCCAUAACUGGUCCUUGGUGGCGAGUGAAGGUGCAUGUGAAGCCGGCGGCAUCCAAGAGUUAUCAAGUUCAGGGGUAUCCAUCAUACUUUUUACAGUCUGAUAUGUCACCACCGAAUCAAAAACAUAUCUGCUCCCUAUUUCUUAAGGAGUGUAAGGUCCCCUCUGAGGACAUAAUGAAGUUUUUAGCAUGGAUAAAGGAAGUAUCCAGUUUUAAAGACCUGAACUUUGAAAAUCUUAAGGAAACAUUAAGAACUUUCUACAGAGAAAUCCGAAAGGAUAAAAAAAAUUCUACACAGAGUGAACAGGGAGAUUUAGAAUCAGAGGGUAAAAUGCGACUUCCUAUGGAAAAGCAAAUUCCAUUUAUAAAUGUAAUGCGAGCUUUGCGGUUUCCAAAAAUAAUGGAAUUCCUUCCAAUUCUUCUGCCACGACACUUUAGACAGCUCAUAAACACGGAUUCUAGAGCUGUGUUGGAAGAGAUAGAAAAGAUUUUAGGUACAGAUCCAUGGAAGUUGGGAUUUAGUAAAAUUACCUACAGAGACCUGAAGCUUGUGCGCUGUGAGGCCAAUUGGACAGCCUACUGUCAGUGCCCAUCUCUUCUGCAGUUGAUGAAUAGUUUGGAGAAGAAUGCGUUGGUCAUCUAUUCUAAGCUGAAGCAGAUAUGUAGAGAGUACGGGCACACGUAUGUUGAAGAAGCUGACUUAACCUUAGGAUUGUCAGAGGAAAUGUCUUUCUAUGAUACUUGGCAGUCUCUGAAGUUUCUGAAGGAUAUUGGUGUGGUGACAUAUGAGAAGGGCUGUGUCUUUCCUUAUGACCUUUACCAGGCUGAAAAGGGCAUUGCUUUUUCCAUAUGUAGCCUGAUACAGAGACCUCCGUGGCACUUACGUGUGGAUGUUAAGAAGGUGUUAGCAUCUCUCUGUACCACCAAACUGGAGGAGGUGAGAAAUGAGGAUGUGUUUGAGGAAAAUAAACUUGGUGAAACAAGAUUGGAAAGUUCCACAGACAUUCUAAACCCACAGGAUGGUGCUGACUUUAUUUGGAAUAUUGAAAAUGAAAUUGAUGGAGGAAUCAAUGAAAUGCACCUGGAUCAGGACCAGGUGGCAGCUUUGGAAAUGAUUUGCGCCAAUGCUGUGACAGUCAUCAGUGGGAAAGGUGGUUGUGGGAAGACCACAAUCGUGAGUCAACUUUUUAAGUGCCUACAGCAACUGGAAGAAAGAGAAGUGGAAAAAGCAUGUGAAGAUUUUGAACAGGACCAGAAUGUUCCAGAAGACUGGAUUACCUUUACUGAGCAAAGUAAGCUGAAGAUGGACAAGGCUAUAGAGGUGUUGCUCACGGCACCUACAGGGAAAGCAACUGGCUUACUGAGAGAGAAAACGGGUUUUCCUGCUUACACGCUACAUCAGGUCAAUUACAGCUUCUAUUUAUGGGACAAAGUGCUGGUGAACAAGGAUUUGCCGUGGAAAUUUUCUUCGGUUAGAGUUCUGGUUGUGGAUGAAGGGAGUUUGGUAUCUGUAGGAAUCUUCAAGUCUGUUUUAAAAUUAUUGUGUGAGCACUCCAAACUUUCUAAGCUUAUUAUCCUUGGUGAUAUUAGGCAAUUACCAAGUAUUGAACCUGGUAACCUGCUGAAAGAUCUUUUUGAGACUCUUAAGUCCAGAAAGUGUGCUAUUGAGCUGAAGACAAACCACAGGGCAGAAUCACAGCUAAUUGUGGACAAUGCGACACAAAUCUCCAGGCGUAAAUUUCCAAACUUUGAUGCGGAACUGAAUGUGUCUGAAAACCUUUCAGUCCCCAUCUCAAUCCAGGAUAAGACAUUCAUUUUCAUUAGACUUCCAGAAGAGGAUGUCAGUUCUCAGUCAUCUAAACGUGAUCAACAAUCUUACUUAUAUUCUGCAGUUAAAACUUUACUCCAAGAAAGUGACUUUAAAAAAGCAGAAACAUCACAAUUCAUUGCAUUUAGAAGGCAGGACUGUGACCUGAUCAAUGACUGUUGCUGUAAGCAUUACACAGGCCGCCUCAUUCGUGACCACAAGAGGAGACUCAUAUUUGGAGUUGGUGAUAAAAUCUGUUGUACUCGGAAUGCGUACCUCUCAGACUUGCUUCCUGAAAGUGACUCCGGUUCUCAGCAAGGUGAUGACCAAGAAGCCGGAGGUGACAGCCCUUGUGGGACUCCUCGUGAUUGUGCUAAAAAUUAUAAGAAUGACCUUCACAGUGGAAUUCGACUGUGCAAUGGAGAAAUAUUCUUCAUAAGAGAGGAUGUAACUGAUAUAACUUUCAGAAAGAAAAGACUUUUGACCUUAAGUAAUAUGGCUGGCUUGGAAGUAACUGUGGAUUUCAGAAAACUAAUGAAAUACUGUAACAUAAAACAUGCUUGGGCCAGAACUAUCCAUACCUUUCAGGGCUCGGAGGAGGACACGGUGGUGUAUGUGGUGGGCAAGGCAGGUCGCCAGCAUUGGCAACACGUCUACACUGCGGUGACCAGAGGCCGCCGCAGAGUCUAUGUCAUCGCCGAAGGAUCUCAGCUCCUCAGCACAAUCAGGAAACCCAAUAUUCCCAGGAAAACUCGGUUAAAACAUUUCUUGCAAAACGAGCUCAGCGAUGGCCCUGAGGCUCCAGCAGAUUUUGCUUCCCAGUCGAGUUGCUGUGGAGAUGGGGCAGGACCUGGCACGCAGCCUUCAGCAUUCCCCGGCCCUGCAGCCACUGCCAACAUUGCCACCAAUGGUGUCACCAGGGACAAGGACUCUCCCACUAAGAAUGGGCCGUGGGCCUUUGCUGCAGAAUGGCCUUGUCCCUCAUCUGAUGACUUGGAAGCAGAUGAGUUUGUACAAUCUCGAGGCUCCAAAAGAACCAGCGGGGCGAACGUCUCUGAAAGUCCAAGCAAAGUUCUGAUGGUAGAGGAAUCAUCUCCACAAGUGUCAUCUAGACUUCAGAAUUUGAGACUAAAUAAUUUAAUCCCUAGGCAACUUUUUAAACCCACAAAUGGUCAAGAAACAAUAAAGCUGGGCUUGUUGGUUUCUACCUGUAAUCCUGAGUCUGAGGCAGGAGAAAUGUGAGUUUGUGGCCAGCCUGGACAAUGUAACAAGACUAUUCCAAAACAGAACAAAAGAAAACACGACAACAGCAAAAGAUUUACUGCAGAUUGCUCAAAAUAAUUCUUUUAGCUUUAUAGUUUCAGGAUCAAAGAUAUUUUAAAUUUACUUGGUCAGAGGAGAAACAAUGAUUUCAUGUCAUCAUGAGAAUUUGUAGCAUUCAACAUAAUUAUGAGAGAAGAUACAUAUGUUUAGAAAGAGAUGGUACUUUAAAAACAAAAGCAUUCGUAAUUUUAGGAUUCAUGCCUUCUAUGAUCGUGGUUGGUUGUCUUUGUCAGUGGAUUGAAUCGGUGACAAAGAUGAGCCAUAAUUGCUUAUGGACACAUAAGGACAUCUUGUCUUCUGCAAAGAGGUCAUUUUGCAGGUUGUCACUCACUUUAUCACAGCUGCUAGGGCCGAGCACCCUUGGGACACUUCCUGGCCAUGCCUUCCUAGUUAGCAGAGCAUUGCUUUGAAUGUAUCCCAUUUUAAGAAAAAUCAACUUUUAAAUUUAUGUGGCUAAAUGGUGCCAUGAUUUGAAUAUGUCCCUAAGCUUCAUUUUGUCCCCAAAUGCAACAGAGUUGGGAGGAGAGGCCGAAGGAAGGCUGUUUAGGUCAUGAGUGGUUAGUUAUUGUGAGAGUGGGGUCCCGAUAAAAGCAAGUCUGUCUACUUUCAUGAUAUGACCAACCAGGAAAGCCUGCCCAGAUGCCAAUAUCCCGACACAGGCAUACUUGGAUUCAUUGUACCUCUCAGGUGUUAUGUAAUAUACAAAUUGAAAUUAUGUGGCAACCCUGUGGGGAGCACAGGGUUAUGCAUCUAAUUGUUUUUUUUUAUUUUAAGCAAUAAAUAUGUUUAUUGGUG